ACAAAAAGUUGUAAAUGUAGGACAGGGGCCCUUUAAAGAAGACCACCACCAGGGCCAGUAGGGGUCCAGAACCAGAAGCAGAACUCACCUGUGAUUACAGCGCUCACAACCACAAGGACACAAACUGUCAUGUUGAGCCAAGCCCAGUGCUAAAAGCUAAUAAGGAAGGAAACUGGUCACAUGACAGAGAAUGUUUUGUGCAAGAGUACACACAGACACACACACUGGUUCCUAUGCAAAUGUUCUACAAAGUGUCCACGUGUACGUCAGCCACGCUAGCUGUUAAACAGACCUCAAGAACCCAGCAGUUAGUCAACACAACUUCCUCUUACCUUUGACCUUUGUUUGUCUUGUGGUGAUGUUUCAUGCAGACAAGCUUCCUCAAAACAAAAAGUCACGAUGGAAAGACACACACACACACCACACACACACACUGGUCCGUCAUGGAGGUCAUCUUAUGCAUCCUGUUGUUGUUUGCUGCUAGCAGAGGCUCUAAAGAUGGCGGUUGGUUCGUGCGUGUGCAGGCGGAGGUGCGGGCCAUGGAGGGCUACCCAGUGGUGCUGCCCUGCACCUUCAGCCACCCGCCGCAUUCACAGCAUUCCUCUGUGCGGGUGCUGUGGCACCAGGGACACAGCGAGGUCGUCUACUGCUGCACCAGUCAAGUGGGGGCCCCCACCUGCGAGCCCAGCCCACAGCAGGACCAACGGUACCGGCUCGAGGGCGACCCACACGAGCAUGAUCUGUCGCUACGCAUCAACGACGCCACCCUGCAGGACAGUGGCCGCUACUACUGCGGUGUAGAGGUCAAGGGGCGGGAAGAUGUGAGCAUUGAGGACCAAAUGGGGACCCUGCUGAGAGUGGAGGCUGCUCCCAGCAUUAUGUCUUUGAGGGUGGAGGGCAGUGAGCACCUUGGCUACACGGCUGUGUGCAAUGUCCAGGGCUCGCCGCUGCCCGACGUCCAGUGGCUCAGCCUGGACCGCCUUCUGGAAGGUUCUACAGCCAUGACUCGGGGGGACACCACCAGCUACCACACCAUCAGCCAGCUGCCAGGCGUAGAACCCGGACAGCAGAUCACCUGCAGCGCCUCCAACCCGCUGGGCAAAGACAAGGCCACACUCUAUGUGCUGCCCCCCCAGAUCCUCCCGUCUGAGGCUGGGGUACCAUCCCCUCUCCUGCUGCUGCUGUCUCUGUCUCUGGGGUCAAAGGCCAUUUUGCUGGUGGGGAUUGGGAUGUGGCUAAUGCAGGCCAGAGUGCUCUGGUGGAAGUGAAAAGUGUAAACCCCAACCCUCACACACUUUGACAAGUCCAAUAAAGAUUUGA